CAGCAAUGGAGUUAUAAUAGGUUCAAAGAAUUGCUGUCGGCUUUUUCUCCCCCAGAAUUCCAGAUCGUUUGAAACUGGCAACCAAGUAAAAAGAUGUGCAAGAUAACAACGGCUUUACUGGCUUUGCUAAGCCUGAGUUUCUUCUUAGAAUUAAGCAGUUACCAUGUACAAUGGAGUGCCAUGGGGAGUAUUUUUAGAAGACUGAAAUAUACUUUACCAUCACAAGGAGAUCCUGGACAACCACUGUUUCUAACACCUUAUAUUGAAAGUGGUAAAACUGAGGAAGGAAGGCAACUAAGCCUCGUGGAACAUUUCCCAGGACCUAAUGUGAAGAGUUAUUCAGGCUAUCUGACAGUCAACAUGACUUACAAUAGUAACCUUUUCUUCUGGUUCUUUCCUGCUCAGGAUCAGCCAGAAAAGGCUCCUGUCUUACUAUGGCUCCAAGGUGGACCUGGAGGAACAUCUAUGUUUGGCCUCUUUGUUGAACAUGGGCCAUAUGUUGUUCAGAAGAACCUCUCUUUGACUGAACGAAAGUUUCCUUGGACCUCUAAGUUCUCCAUGCUGUAUAUUGACAACCCAGUUGGAACUGGCUUCAGUUUUACAGAUGAUCUGAAAGGAUAUGCGAAGAAUGAAGAUGAUGUAGGAAGGGAUUUGUAUAGUGCAAUUGUUCAGUUUUUCCAGCUUUUUCCUGAUUAUCAGAAAAAUGACUUCUAUGCAACUGGAGAAUCUUAUGCAGGAAAAUAUGUGCCAGCCAUUGGAUAUUAUAUUCAUAGCAAUAAUCCUACAGCAAAGAUAAAGAUCAACUUCAAAGGUGUUGCCAUUGGGGAUGGUCUUUGUGACCCUGAAGUGAUGCUGGGAGGCUAUGCAGAAUUUUUAUAUCAGAUUGGCUUGGUAGAUGAAAAGCAGAGGAUAUAUGUUCAGAAUCAGACUAAUCUGGGACAACAAUACAUCCAGCAGAAGAAAUGGAAAGAAGCCUUUGAAGUAUUUGAUAUUCUGUUGAAUGGUGAUAAAACUGGAAAUCCUUAUAUUCAGAAUGUUACAGGAUGUAGCAACUAUUUCAAUUUCUUGCAGUGCAAUGAGCCUGAAGAUCAGGAAUAUUUUGGAAAGCUAUUAUCACUGCCAAACAUAAGAAAAUCUAUCCAUGUUGGAAAUUUGACCUUCCAUGAUGGUUCUAUGGUUGAAGAGCACUUGAUUGAAGAUAUAAUGAAGACAAUAAAACCUUGGUUGGCUGUUUUAAUGGAUAAUUAUAGAGUUCUCUUAUACAAUGGGCAACUUGAUAUCAUUGUGGCAGCUUCACUUACUGAACGAUUUCUGCCCACUGUGCCAUGGAGCAAAGCGAAAGAAUACAAAAACGCUGAGAGAAUUGUAUGGCGAAUACACGAUAAAGAUCCUGAAGUUGCUGGCUAUGUACACCAAGUGGGUGAAUUCUAUCAGGUCAUUGUUCGAGGAGGAGGACACAUUUUGCCUUAUGACCAACCAGAAAGGGCUCUUGAUAUGAUGGAUAGAUUUAUCAUGGGAAAAGGAUGGAAACAAAGCAGAUAUGGAAAAUGAAACCCAAUUGUUGAAAUUCUUUGGAAAGUUCUCAAGAGAUUGCAUUCACCAGUAUUGAUCUGAGGAACUGAUGAAGUAUUAUUGGAGCUAUCCCCCCCUCUUUGGAAAAUCUAUUUCGAUCUAUAAUUAAACUAUUCGUGUAAAUUUGUUCUCAAAAUAAACAUCACACACCUGUGUCUCUUUCUCAUUCUGUUUCUCCAGAUAUUCUUGCCCUGAAUAAAAGAACCCAAAGCAUAUAAUUCUUACAGCAAUUUCCAACUUUUUUGUUUUGCGAAAUGAGCAGCAUCUAUGGCAGCCGUGGUGGGUCAAAGUGGUACAAAUUGUGUACUGUGGACUUUUUUAUUGUAGCAUUUUGCUUCAAAUGUAAGUCUUUUAUCGUCAUGUGAAUCUUAGUUGAGGGAAUGGCAGAGAAAUGUUUAAAAAAAAGUUUUUUCUAUUCUGCCUUAAGGGCAUACAACAGAACUUUUAGAAAUGAUUUCCAGCACAAGCUGUGCUCCUAUAAGAAACACUAUGUUCACACUGGGAUUGUUAGACAGGUAUUUAUUCAAACAUUUGAUGCUAAUGUAAAGUUAAAAGCCUAUAAACACAUAAUAUAAUUUUUAAUUCAAUUUUUAUGAAGAUGGGUCAAUGCAACAAGAAACUUUUUAAAAAGCAUUUAUCAGCAAUUGAAUAGCACUAAACCCAAUGGAUUUUUCUUCCAAUUAAUGAAUUGCUAGAACAUAAACUUAUGUAAACUUUUGGGAAACAUUUCUUACUAAACUAUAGAAGGCAUACUUCUACAUGAACAAGAACAAGAACUGUGUUGUAUAUGUUCUGCCUGAACUGAAUGAAAUACAUUGUUUUGAAUUUCAUGGAAGGAAGGUUGACUACAAAUCAUGCAAUAAAAGAAUAGUAGUAACUGGGUGAUCUACCUUUAUCUA